UGGCCUCACACCCUUUAUCAAAAGCUUCUUUAGUUCCCCAUUUUCUUUUACUUAUCCUUGAUUCUGAGGAUUCUCAUUCAGCCUUGCUUAGAUGCCUCCUCUAUCUCCUCCUCCUUCUCCUCCGCUGCCACCGCCACCGCCGAGCCCUCUCGUGCCUCCAUCGGCAAGUUCACCGUCCCAUGAAGCAGCUGCUCUACCAACAACCAUACCAUCCCCUGCCUCAGCAGCAGUCACUCAAGCAUCUGCUGCUCUUAUCCCUGCUGCUUCACCUUCAAGACAGGCAGACCUGACUCCUUUGGAGCAAAUAGUCAUACAAGAUCAAGCUACAAGACCACACACUCCACUGCUGAAUCCAAAUACCAUAGAUUCCAGUAACUACAGAAAAUCACAAUUACUACAGCAAGCUCGGCCACGCCAAACCAAUCCAAUUAUAUGGUGUUUUGCAAUCUUGUGUCUCAUUUUUAGUCUUCUCCUCAUCUUCCUUGGAAUUGCAACUUUGAUCAUUUUCUUGGUUGUUAGACCAAGAAAUCCUAUGUUUGACAUACCCAAUGCGAGCCUCAGCACCAUCUACUUCGACGCACCUGAAUAUCUCAAUGGGGACUUCACCGUUCUCGCAAACUUCACCAACCCGAAUCACAGAAUCGAUGUAAGAUACGAAAACGCAGACAUAGAGCUCUUUUUUGGGGAUAGACUUAUAGCAACUCAAGCAAUCCAGCCUUUCAGUCAAAGAAAGAGAGAAGUGAGGUUACAACCUGUUCAUCUGAUAUCCAGUCUGGUUUACUUACCACAGAAUUCCGGGUUCAUACUUCGACGACAGGUACAGAACAACAAAGUUAUCUAUAACAUCAGAGGAACUUUCAGAGUUAGAGCUUCACUGGGUGCCAUCCAUUACUCAUACUGGUUGCAUAGCCGAUGCCAGUUGGUGAUGACUAGUCCACCAACCGGUGUUCUAGUUGCUCGGAGUUGCAACACCAAGAGGUGAAGAAGCGAAAUGUAUAUAAUUGUACACCUUCUACAAUAUCACUGCAUGGAUUGUCCAAAUUACAGAUAUGAAUAUAAGUCUGAACAGGUUUGAAACAUCAGUUAAACACUAUUUUUUGGAUUCUACAUACUCAAACUUGAUGCAAGGAAAUUACUGGAUCAAAUAGGGCUUGUUUGUGGACCUUUUAUGUGACUUUUCACUCACAAUUAGUAUGAGAGAAACCUAGGAUCAACCAACAUAUAUGGCUCUGAGAAAAGCUUCAGGGGAAUUAUCUCAGAGUAUCAAUCAAAUAUCCCUUGAAGAUUCUCUGCUACAGAACAUUGUCUAAUUCUACCAUACUUGCUGCUGGGAAUCCCAUAAAGAUUGCUAGACAAACGGCUACACAAUUUUGAACCCAAGACCUUAAAGUGCAUCUAGAUCUACAGCUUGUUAGUUGUCCCUUUGACAGAUAAUUGAAUUCCACUAUACCAUAUAUUAUCAAUUAAUCCAAUCAAAGAUUUCAUUAUUAAGCAUGUCCCCAAAUGAAUAUUUAAAACAGAUAACCAUACAUGAAAUAUAAAGCUUAGAUGGGGAAAAAACCAGCAAAACUCAUAAUACUCCUAGUGAUUAAAUUUAAGCCUAGAUGGGGAAAAAACUAGCUCCCUCACAUUGCAUAAAUUACAUUCACAAGAUUACUUUGUUCUAAACUAGAAAACAAUUACUGGAUGAGCGCAGGACAAGAUAUAGCUCAAUCUUACAAUCAAAAACGUUUUCCAAGACAA